AUGGAACUUCUCCAUCAACUCCAUGAGAGAUUAAGGCCAGUGAAGCUGUCAGCUGAGCGCGAGGACAUUGUGAUGUGGAAGUUUGACAAUAAAGUUGGUAGAGUUAACACCAAGGAAAGGCUGGCUAGACUAGGAGUCCACAUUCAGAGUGAUAGCGCUUGUGUGCUGUGUACUAAGGAAACUGAAUCGGCUGAGCAUUUAUUUCUUCGGUGUGAGGUAACAUGGCAGGUGUGGUGUCAUUGGGUGCUGUCGUUUCGUCGGGAGUGGGUAAUUCCUGGAACCAUUAAAGAUCUGUUUGAGAGUUGGCGUGGCAUGCACAAUAGACAACAAAGGCAGAAGGUGUGGAUGACAGCGUUCUUUGCAGUGAUUUGGAACAUUUGGUUGGAACGUAAUGCACGGAUCUUCAAUAAUACAAGGGCAAGCAUUGAGGGAAUUCAAACCAAGACGGUGUUGAGCUACACAGAGUGGUGUGGGUGGAAUCCGUUGUGA